AUGGCUUCUCAACUCACCGUUGGCCUACCAAAGGUCUACGCCAACGAAGGAAACAAAUGCGUUCCCCCAACCAACGAUUUCCUCGCCGGAACCUGGCAUGUAACACACUCGACCCUUCCAAUGUGGAAAGACAAACGCAAUGUCAACAUCACCUACACAACACUGCCUGCCGACUCAUCUGGUGUGGUCAAGAUUGACGACCUGGUCAAAUAUCAAGGUGUGAAUUCAGAGAAGAUCCAAACGAUCAAUGGUGUGGAUACUCCGUCCGCGGGGAACCAAGGUGCUUGGGACUGGCGCGGCAAAGGCUGGUUGAAGGUUGCGAGCUCCCAUUGGGAGGUCCUUGGUUUCGGCCAUACGGAUGAUGGUAAUCAGUGGGUUGUCACUUAUUUUGCCAAGACGCUUUUCACGCCCGCUGGAAUCGAUAUCUAUGCCCGGAACAAGGAGGGGGUUUCCCAGGCUAUGGUCGAUCAGAUUUCCAAGGCCCUAAAGGAAUUGGGAGUCGAUGACAUUACAACUCUGGUUGAAAGCAUGUUUCCGGUUUUGCAAAACUAG